UCCACCUAUUCGAUCCCUUUAUCCCAGUAUUUCUCCUUGCCUCAUAGCUUACCUAAAUAUCCCAUGAAACAGACACCUCUUCUUCUCGACCACAAAUGUGGGCAGGGCCGAAGCUUUGCCAAGAUACAAACUUCCCCUUUACAAGUUGAAAGACAAUCUGCCAAUUACCAGCCAAGCUUCUGGAGUUACGAUUUUGUGCAGUCCUUAAACAGUGAUUAUGCGGAUCAACGAUACAAAGAUAAAGCAAAGAAGCUGGAAGAGGACGCGGGGAGUAUGAUUAAUAAUGAAAAUGCCGACUUAUUGGAAACACUUGAACUGAUUGAUGAUCUUCAACGAUUAGGUUUGGGAUACCGAUUUGAGAGGGACAUAACAAGAACCCUUGACAACUUUGCAUCUUCAAAAUUAUGUAAUGAAAGAAUAGAGAAGAGUCUCCAUGCUACUGCUCUAAGCUUUAGGCUCCUCAGACAGCAAGGCUAUCAGGUCUCUCAAGAUGUAUUUAACAGUUUCAAAGAUCACAGUGGCAAUUUCAAGGAAUGCCUUAGAAAGGAUGUCAAAGGAAUGUUGAGUUUAUAUGAAGCUUCUUAUCUUGCUUAUGAAGGAGAAAUCCUCUUGGAAGAGGCCAUGGCAUUCACAAGAAUGCAUCUCAAGGACCUCAAAGCAGAUGUGAGUAAAAGCAUGGCAGAACAAGUUAGUCAUACAUUGGAGGUUUCAUUGCACCGUGGAAUGCUAAGGCUAGAAGCUCGGUGGUAUAUUGAGGCAUACAAUAAGAGGGAAGAUGCAAAUUCACUUCUACAUGAACUUGCAAAGUUGGAUUUUAACAUAGUGCAGUCGGUGCUUCAAAGUGACCUUCAAGAUAUGUCAAGGUCUACACAUACCGAGUUCUCUUCGGAUGGUGCAGAAGCGGUCCUCUUGGAGUGGUUUCGUGAAGAUCUGGCCGGAACUCGCCCUGGGUUCCACCGGAAAUCGACUUGUCUCGCCGGAAAACAGCCUCCGCUCUACUGGACGACGCCGUCGGGUUCAACGGUCACGGGUCGUGAGUCACGGGUUUCUCGGAUCUCUCGGGUUUUCUUCGGGUUUGAUGGGUCGUUCGGGUUUCACGGCCCUUGCUCUGCUGGACGACGCUGUCAGCCCGCCGUCGACCCUCCGGAAAUCGGGCUUCCGGUCGACUAUCGGUGCUGA